UAAUUCAGGGGUAUUUUCGUCAAAUUGAUUCCUACAACUCUAUAAAUACCACCCCUCCUCCUCCUUUUUGGUUGCAUUCUUCAAUCCGACCUGCGCUACCAUUUCAACUGCGAACGAUAAUCUCUCCCAACUCUAUCACCGAUCAGCCAGCCUUACGACACAGGAUAUGGGGAAACGUAAGUCAAGAGCAAAGCCCCCACCUAAGAAAAGAAUGGACAAGCUCGAUACUGUUUUUAGCUGUCCCUUCUGCAAUCAUGGGACCAGCGUUGAAUGUCGCAUUGAUAUGAAGAACCUGAUUGGGGAAGCCUCCUGUCGGAUUUGCCAAGAAAGCUUUAGCACAACUAUUACAGCCUUGAGUGAGGCAAUAGACAUAUAUAGUGAGUGGAUCGACGAAUGUGAGCGGGUCAACAACCUUGAAGACGAUGCUGCCUAGAGGGAUCAAUUGGAGAAGUAUGAAGCUUGAUGCUUUCUAUGGAAACGAAGCUGGCUAUUUGGAAGUUCCUUUUAUGAAACUAAAUUAAGAGAGGGGGUCUUAUUGGUUGGUAUAACAACACUUCCACCCUCCACGGUCGUAGCAGUAUAGACUAGACAAGUAUGUAUGUACAGUAGUAAUGUUGUAACGGCUUGCACUUGACUUUAUUACGGAUUUUCUCACGGAUGUGUAACUUUCUUUUAUGAUUUUUAAAUCAAGAAUCUUGGAGUUGGUAAGUUGUGUUGGAUGGAGAGUUGGGGGGGUCCUGAACCAUCCUUUAUUAUUGAAUAAUUCAAUGCUUAAUGUAAAUGAAAUGUUUAAGCAUGUUACGAAGUACUAAUGGUUGUUAUUUCAUGCC